GGGCUACAUUUUCCAUCCAGUCAAUCAGAUUUAACUUUGCAAUGUCACAGCAAUAAUCUCAGGUGUGUUUCUGUCAGCAUGUAGAAGUUGUGACAUCAUGUUGAAGCAAACCCAUCGACACCAACGCAUCACAUCACCUGACACACCUGUGCUCCGUUUCUGCCACCUCAGAGGGGGCAAAGGUAAACGAAGGGAUCCUUUAUAAACCUGAAGAUUAAACUCAACCAAAACCACAACCAGUGUGCAAAGGAUUCUGGGAGACACCUACUGUGAUGAUGUUCAAACUGAAAGGGUUUAAGAAGGCGGAGUCUGAAAUGGAAUGCAGGUGUACAUCAUAAUGUUUCCUCAGUGACAUUAAUUCUUAAAUUCACCGUCAACAAAAUAUAUGUAUAAAAAACAUCUGAACCUUUAUACAAAAAACAUUUAGUUUUUGUAAGGUUUGUUGAAUUUUUCCUCAAAUUUUAAAAUCAUCAGGGUUAAAAAAAAAUAGCUGCUGCCAGACAAUUGGCUAAAACAUUAAAGAAAAAAAGAAAAGAGUCCAGAAAAUUCCUACUCAGUUUUAAGAUCACAUUUCUGUUCUACAUUUUCAUUGUGAGCUCCUCAGUAUUCAGCAGUCUGAGGUUUGUCUUUCCUAUUUUUGUGAAGAACAAGUGACUUCCUGUCAGUUUAACUACAGAACUAUGUGAAAACAUAAACAAAUUAACAUGUUUAAAGCAGUUUAAAAAAUUAAGUGUAGCAUAUAUGUACACUGCAUUAACAAAAGAAAAACUGAUUUCUCUCAAUUAAAUUUCAAGAAAAAAAUCUCAAUUUCAAGAACAGAUUUUAAUAGAAAAAAGUUCAUUACCAGAUAGAUCUUGUGAUGGCAAAUUGUUUCAUGAUUACAAUGAAUCUGUAAAAUGCAAGACAGAAUUAUAAGUAAACUAUCCUGGUGCCAAAAAAGUGCAAUAAUUACAAGUUGAAAAUUACUAGAAGUGUUAUGAAAUAGUCUCAAUUAAGGAAAAAGUCACAAGAAACUCAUGUAUGAAAAAAAUUCUACAUUAUAAUUAUUUAAGGUGUUGUUAUUUUAUGAGGUCUCAUAUUAUGAUAAACUAGUAUAACUAGUAAUAAUUUUAAUGAUAUGUCUUAAACGCAAAAAGUACCAUAAGUGCAUAAACACUUUCAUAAUUAAAAUGAAUUAGUAAAGUUUAUAAAUUGUGAUCAAAAGUCUAGUAAUAAGAAAGUGUGACAAUUAAGAGAAAAUGAUAAUUAUAUAAAUGCUCAGUAAAUGAAAAGCAAUGUUUUGUAAUUAUGAGAAAACAUCUGAUAAAUGUGAGAAAAGGGACAAGAGAAACUGCAUUAAAAAGUCGUAUCAUAAAACUCAAAUAAUCAAAAAUGUUCGAUGAUCAUUUCCACAGAAGUCACACAAUUACAAAAAUCAAUUGCAAAACGUCAUUAUUAAAAAGUAUUUUCAUUACAAGAAACUCGCUAUUACAAAAUAAACCUCAUAUUUCUAACAAAAGCUUUUAGAAUUGUCAUAGAAAGAUGUGUAAUAACAAGAAAAGGUUUAAUUAUGAGAAAAGUUGCCUGAAAACACAACAAUGCAUCUUAAAAUGAUACAUCUUGUGAAAAACAUUUCAUACGAGCAAAACUCUAAAAGCAAGUUAAAACCUGACAAGUUUUCAUCUGAUACAAACAAAACUGUCAUAAUCACAAGAUUUUUUUUCUCUGCAUCUUCUUUCAAACUAAAAUUUGCUCAUCAAUAAACAAGAAACUCUCAGAAUUUAGGUUUCACACCUGGCAGGUAGCCCCACCUCUGCUGUCACUGGUCAGAGUUUAAAUUUCUAAUGUUUCUCUCUCUGGUGUUUUGAAGAGCAUCUAUUAUUAUCUACUCUGUCUCAUGAGAGCUAUAUUUUAAAGUACUUUUAUAUAUGUAUGUAUGUAUGUGUGUGUGUAUAUAUAUAUAUAUAUAUAUGUGUGUGUGUGUGUGUGUAUAUUUGUAUUUCGACCAGACCAACUCCUCCCCCUUUGUGAUGUCACCACAGUGGGUGAGGCUUGUGUUUCUCAAAUUUCCACAGUAAUUGCAUCCUCAACAACUGGUUGGUAUUUAUAUGAAACCUGCUUUUCUGUCAGUGUUUGAUGAGAUCUAUAAAGUUUCUGAACUAAUCCGAGUGAAAAUUCAUUGGUUUGUCUCAAAAACAGGUGAGCCACAUGAUGUCACACAGCUGCUGUUUCACUCCGAGUUGGAUUUUGAUCUUUGUCCCUAUUUUAAUUUCCAUUUAAAGAUAAAAAUGAACUUUCAGAAUCACAGGAUCCACAGUCCAGGACCAGGAGGCUGACGACAGGCCUGACACGGAUCAAUAAAGCUGACAGACACAGUGAGCUUAAAGAGACAGACGAGUGGUGCAAGAAGCCUGUCUGAGGAGGAUGAGGAAGGACGGUGUAAAGAACCUGUCUAUGUCUGAGGACGAGCAAAUUAAUUCAGCAACAGCAUCACUGCAGAAACAGAAGAGGGUGAGUGAGGUUUGAACACGGAGAGAGAGAGAGGAGGAGGAGACAUUUAAACAGAGGAGGAGAAUACACAGAGGAGACAACAAGAGGAGGUCUACACAGCAGCAGCAGCAGGACAAGGAUGAAGAGAAGAGGAGGAAUAUGGACUGAUGGGAGCUCCAUCCGUGAGAACAAACGCCUUCUAUUGUGAUCUAUUGAAGUUGGUGACUGACUCCAGGUAAGAGGUGCUGUCCGACUGGCGGGUGGUGAUGAUUGCGACCGGCGGCCUUCUGCGGAUCAACGCCCGGCGACAGGACUCACUGAGGUCCAAACCACACAAACCACGCACACACAAGAAGAACAAGAAAAAGAGGAAGAGCGAGGUGGUCGUAGUGAAGGGGAAGCUGAAGCUUUGUUCAGUUUCGGGUCUUGUGGCAGUACUUGGUAUCAUGGUCCUGCUGGUGGGUGUGGUUAUGGCAGCUCUGGGCUACUGGCCUCGAGAAGGAUUGUUCUUCACCGGGAAACCACUGGAGGGCUCUGCCAUGGCCUCGGUGUCCUCCAUCAGCUCUGCACCUGUUGAAGCUCAGGGAGGAGAGUGGGAACACGGAGAUGACAGAAGAAGAGGUGAUCAUUUUAACCAGACAGAAAUUGUCAACGGGACAACCCGACAGCUUCCUCGAGGCUUUCUGCAGGAGUUUCUGGACAGGUAUCUGUAUUCUGACAGGCUGAAGGUCUUCGGGCCCCUCAUUAUGGGGAUUGGGAUUUUCCUCUUCAUCUGCGCAAAUGCUGUCCUGCAUGAAAACCGGGACAAGAAAACCAAAGUCAUCAACCUGCGGGACAUCUAUUCCACUGUCAUCGACCUCCAUGCCUCCUCCUGCUCCGCCCGCUGCUCCUCAGCCAAUCCCCUUAAUGGCAUCGUUAACUACGUCCAAUCAAAGAGCCUGGAGGCCAAACCCAAGGCAUACCCUGCCUUGCUGAUGAGCAGGAGGGAGGGAGGAGGUGGGCUGUUGUUGAAGCAACCACUACCUGGAGGAGACACAGUAUUCAGUAUCUACCAGCCUGACACUUCUCCUCCCCCCUGCUCCUCCUCCUUCCACAGGCUUUCCCUCCCCCCCAGCUUAAGCCCCCCUCUUCCCUCCACCUGCUGGACCACCCUGCAACAGGAGGCACUCGGCUCCUUUACCCUACCCCUGCGCCGCCCACGGCCACUCACUCCACGCAGAAGGCACUCUGCUCGGGCCAGGGCAGGAGGCAGGGAGGAGGGGGGAGGUGUCAGAAAGGAGGAUGUAUUCCCACCACCUCCUCUGUGCUUGUCCACUCCCCCCAUAGCCAGACCCUUCCAAGAGACACCAUCAGCAGUGUCGUGCAGCUCCUCCAGCCUCCUCAGGGAGGCGCCAGGAGGCUCCCAAGGCCUGCUCCUCUACUCCUCCUCCCACCUGUCUCUUUCCUCCCUGUCGCACCUCCUGUUCUCCUCCUCAUCUGUCUCAGCCCCCCCCUGUAGGAGGCGCAGCCUGCCAACUGGCAGCAUCAACACAGGCUACAGCAAGCUGACACACGGAGAGGAUGAAUUGUUUGAGUCAACAGAGAUGACAUCAUCACACCAGGUGACAGCACAGGGUGGGAAUCUGAAGCCAAAGGAAGUGACAUCACUGAGGGGGCUUUCAGAACAGGUGACAUCAUAGAAGAAGUAUUCCAACAAAGAUAAGCUGAUCUCUCAGGUGGAUUCUAGGCUGAGGCAGGAGGCAGAUCAAUCAAUCACAAGUUGACCUGGCAAGUGACAUCAGAACUGUGAAGUCAUGUGAUGUAUUUGUAACAUCAUCGUUACAUUACAUGAAGGAUGCGUUUUUUUCUGGCCAUAAAACCAAAAAUGUUUCCAACAUUAAACAACUUCUGGACUUAAACUGAGGAUGAUGAUGAACAUGAUGUAGCAAUAAAGAGUCUUCCAUAUGACUAGUGACAGCACAUACAAUGAACUAAUUUUUCAUCUGCCUGCUGCAUACACAUUUUAUACUGACUCAUGUCACAUAUAGGUGGUCACAUCGGUGUGGUGUGAUGUGCCACCUGGAGGACGGGUGGAGCUAUGGCAGGAGGACAAAAACAACACUUCUUGGGGACAAUCCAGAAAUGUUUCUGCUGCUUCAGUUUAGUUUCUUUGGAGCCAUAUUUUACUUUUGUAAUAUUUUACAGAGAUGUUUGUUCAAUGAAAUGGUGAGAUGAUAAAAUGUAUGUUUCACCAAAACACAUUGUCAUUUAUAGAUAAAGCCAGUGAAUUUGCACAUUUAUAUUUUGUUUCCUGAGGAAGAAACCUGUCCCCCAGUGCAGCGGUGUGGCUCACUGGG